AUGAAUCUCACGACGCGGUCCCAAGCGAAGUCGCAAUCGCAAGCUCCUCCCAAGGUGAAUCCGAAACCGGCGACACCGAAGCAGAAGAGCAAUUCACCCCGCCAAUCCAGCGCAAACCGCAAGUCCUCAGAGAUCGCAGAUACCAAGGCCAAACGGGUCCGCACGGGAUGUUUGACUUGUCGCGAGAGGCACCUCAAGUGUGACGAGGCCUUGGGACGAUGCCUCAAUUGUCGAAAGUCAGAUCGGAUAUGCAGGCGAGGUAUUCGGCUCAAUUUCAUUGAUAUUCAAACCGUCGCACCUCCACAUGUCAUCGCUCGACCUCGUGGUGCAAAGGUUACAUUCCGAGACGACUCGCGAUUUAUCGCCUCUGAAUAUGUUGGAGGGUUCGAGAGAUACCCCCCGCCACAGCCAGACAGUCCUGUCGAAGAAAGAAGGCAAUUACACCAUGACGCUUUCAAUCUUAUGGGGCAUGAUCAGUUGGCGAGCUUGUUCCAAUCAGUUGCUCACUCAUUCGACCCUUCUGCCUUUGAUCUUUCGCAUGCAGCGGCAGUAGACCUUCUUGGUGUACAAGAUGGCUGGCACCAGCAUGAGCCUCACCUAAUGCCAGGUGAUGAAUUGUUACCGCAUGGGACCUCUAACUUUGCUCGAAAGUUGGCGACGAAACAGUAUAACCCGUCUCCAUUGAGCGACCCAGAGCAAGUCUAUAUGUUGCAGGUUUUCGUUGAUGAGGUAGGAUGCUGGAUGGACUCAUUAGAUUCAAUGCGAUAUUUCACACAGAUCUUGCCAUUGCAUGCUCUUGACGAGCCGUUGUUACUCAAGGCGUUCGUAGCAUGUGGCGCUCGACAUCUUUCGCUGGUCAAUUCGUCAUUUGACCAAGCAAAAGCUGCAAACUACUACGACGAUGCAACUCAGGACUUGAUGAUAGCCAUGCAUGAUCCGAAUCGAGAUUCUGUUCUAUGUACAACAGCUGCCUUGGUUCUCAGUAUUUAUGAGAUUAUGGCCCCACAACAAACACCAAGUGCGAACCAUAUCGCAGGUUCCAGAGCCUUGAUCCGUGAAUGCGGCUGGACGGCUAAAACACUUGGUCUUGGAGGAGCAUCCUUCUGGAUCAGCGUGGGUAUGGAAUUGUUGAGCUCUCUGCACUAUAAUUGGACGUUGUCCUGGAACCCCGAUACUUGGGGAGUGGAUAUGGACAUGCAUCAACAUCCACAUCAGGUACAACUUUUUGGAAAGACUGAAGAGCUUUGGCUUCACCGGAUCAUCUACAUCUGUGCCAAAAUUGCGAAUUUUCGCAUCGCUUCACAUUCUCUUCAAUCCGUGAACGGUUCUAUGAAUUAUGCCAAUGAGCUGAGCGAUGUUUUUACGGAGUGGAGCCACUACGAUUCAUUAUGUCAACAGUGGUAUGAAAAUGCUCCAAGGUCGUUGAAACCUCUUGGUAAUGUGCCGCAAUGGCAGACCGAGCCGAGGUCUUCGUUCUCGAGGAUUUGGCUAAAUAAGCGAAUUGCAAUCGUCUCUCAGCUGUUCUACCAUACGGCUUGCCUAUUGCUGGGCAAAGCUCAUCCCUUGCAAGCCGAAUUCCAUCGCAAAAUGCAACAAAGCCACGCCCAUGACAUCUGUGGCAUCGUCGCAAAUACAAAAGACAAAGGUGUCAUCAAUGUAUCAAUCCGCUGUCUUGCCAUUGCCGCCGAGUGUCUUGAAACCGAGGAUGCGCAAAAAGAAGCCCUUGUCAUAUUCGACGGCAUUGUGAAAGAUACCAGCUGGCACGCUGAGCCGAUCCAAGAUGAGCUGAAGCAAAUCUGGGGCUGGACAGUCUCCCAACCUGAAACAGUGGAUCCUGCCCAGAUGCACAAUCAUCAGUUUGGGUUAGAUCCAGCAUUGCCAAUUCCAAAGGGCCCUGAAUUCCCACCCGGACUGUCUAAUCCACUUUUGGAUGUGGGUGAUUUCUCCAUGGAGAAUCAUCCGUACCAAGAGCACUAUGUGGCUCCUCAUCAUCAUGGGCUGGACCAUCACCUAUACGGGUCCUACCUCAUCUGA